AUGGGUAAAAAAACACAAAAGAAAAAUAGCAAGGGUCGUUUAGAUAAGUAUUAUUACCUAGCAAAGGAGAAAGGGUAUCGUGCACGUUCCUCUUUUAAAAUCAUCCAAAUUAAUGAAAAAUAUGGUCAUUUUUUAGAAAAAUCCAAAGUUGUAAUUGAUUUAUGUGCUGCACCGGGUUCUUGGUGUCAAGUUGCUUCCAAUCUAUGCCCUUUAAACUCUUUAAUUAUUGGUGUUGAUAUUGUUCCAAUUAAACCAUUGCCUAACUGUAUUACGUUUCAAAGUGAUAUCACUACUGAAGAUUGUAGAUCUAAGCUAAGAGGUUAUAUGAAAACAUGGAAAGCUGAUACCGUUUUACACGAUGGUGCUCCAAAUGUUGGUUUGGGUUGGGUUCAAGAUGCUUUCACCCAAUCACAUUUAACAUUACAAGCGUUGAAGUUAGCUGUUGAAAAUUUGGUUGUUGGUGGUACUUUUGUUACUAAAAUUUUUAGAUCUAAAGAUUACAACAAAUUGAUUUGGGUUUUCCAGCAAUUAUUUGAAAAAGUUGAGGCUACAAAACCACCAGCAAGUAGAAAUGUUUCUGCAGAAAUUUUUGUCGUUUGUCGUGGGUUUAAAGCUCCUAAGAAAUUGGAUCGUAGAUUACUAGAUCCAAAAGAAGUUUUUGAAGAAUUGCCAGAUGGGCCUGCAAACAAUGAAGUAAAAGUUUUCAACCCAGAAAAAAAACAACGUAAAAGAGAAGGUUAUGAGGAGGGAGACUAUUUGUUGUAUCAUGAAAAGCCAAUUAUGAGUUUUGUGGAAACAGAAACCCCGAUUGAUAUGUUAGGUGAUAUAAAUAGGUUUACCAUUGAUGAAGAUAAUCACCAAUGGAAAAUCUUGAAAAAAUUGCCCGAAACAAGUGUCGAAUUACUAGAAUGUAUUAAGGAUUUGAAAGUGUUGGGUAGAAAAGAUUUCAAAAUGAUAUUAAAGUGGAGAAAGCUUUCCAGGGAAUUAUUGGGCAUAGAAAAGACGGAAGAUGAAGAUAAAGUGGAAGAAAUUCCCUUGACAGAGGAGGAGCAGAUUAAUAAGGAAUUAAAAGAUUUACAGGAAAGACAGAGAUUAAAGUUGAAAAGAGAAAAAAGAAAGAAAAAUGAAACCAAACAAAAGGAACUUGUCAGAAUGCAAAUGAAUAUGUUAACACCAAACGAUAUUGGUAUUGAAGCUUCCAAUAUUGGUCGAGAAUCCCUAUUUAACUUGAAAACAGCUGAAAAAACUGGUAUUUUAGAUAAAUUAGCUAGAGGUAAAAAAAGAAUGCUUUUUACUAGUGAAGAGCUAGCUGAGGAUAUAUAUCUAGAUGACAAUGAAAGGCCAGAUCGAUCAGAACAUGGAGAGGUAGAUAGCUUGGAAGCAGAAUUGGACAUGAUGUAUAAUUAUUAUAAAGAAAGGAAAAUAGAGAAAAGCGCUAAUUUCAAAGCUAAACAAUCACGUGAGGAAGCUGAUGAAUGGACUGGUUUUGAGGAAGAAAAGGUAGAAGCUGACGACGGAGAGGAAGUGCAUGAAUACGAAGAUGAGGAUGCUGACGAUAGCGAUGGAGAUGAAGCUAUAAACAAGUUAUUAUCCAAGAUGAAGGGUAAAGAAGGUGAUGGCAGAUUAAGUUCAAAGGCAAGGAUAUUUUUCAAUGAUCCUAUUUUUGAAGGUGUUGAAGCAGAUAUUAAAUCUUUGAAUGAAAACACAUCCAUUAAAAACGAGAACAACAAAAGAAAAAGGGUUGAAGAAAGUGAUAAUGAGUCUGAAUCUGAUGAAGAAGAGGAAGAAGAAAGCGAUAGUGAUUUUGAAAUCGUGCCGAAUGUUGAUGACGAAAACUUAGAUGAUGAUGAUUCAGAUUAUGAUUCUGAAGAAGAAAGAAAGACCACAGCUCGUGAAAAACACUCAAAGGAUAUUGAAAUAGCUACAGUAGAAGCCAUGACAUUAGCACACCAAAUAGCUUUGGGUAAAAAAAAUAAGCAUGAUCUGAUAGAUGAAGGUUUUAAUAGAUAUUCCUUUAGAGAUAAAGAUAACUUGCCAGAAUGGUUUUUAGAAAAUGAGAAGGAACAUUCCAAGAUUAAUAAACCUAUUACCAAAGAAGCAGUUAUGGCAAUCAAAGAAAAGAUAAAAGCAUUGAAUGCUAGGCCAAUUAAAAAAGUUGCAGAGGCAAAGGCUAGAAAGAAGAUGCGUGCCACAGCUAGAUUAGAAAAGCUAAAGAAGAGGGCAGGUUUAAUUAAUGACGACAGUGAUAAGAGUGAAAAGGAUAAAGCAGAAGAAAUUGCUAAGUUGAUGCGUAAAGUGAACAAGAAAGCUAAGCAAAAACCUAAGGUCACCUUGGUUGUUGCCACUGGUAAGAAUAGAGGUUUAGCAGGUAGACCCAAGGGUGUCCGGGGUAAGUAUAAAAUGGUUGAUGGUGUAUUAAAAAAUGAACAAAGGGCUUUAAAACGUAUAAGUAAGAAGCAUCAUAAGAAAAAGCAUUAA